CGAGCUGCCUUUCUGCCCACAAAAUUUUGUCACUUUAUCAAUUUCUCUCUCUCCACUACCGCUUCGAUUCGAAUCUCUCUAGUAAGAUUUUCCACCUCCAUGGCCCCCGGUUUUGCUCCUACCUCUUCCAUAAAUAUCAUUAUUCUUCAUUAAUCAUAAUCAAUUUCCUGCUUUUUCUAUCAAUCUCCUCAGAUCUAUCGAUUUGAUCGAUGAAAACCGAGCUGAACUUAAUGGAGCGGGAGAGAGAAACAGUUGUUGGACAUGUGAGAAAGCUUAUCAGAAAGAAGAAAUUGAAUAACAGUAACAAUAAUAAUAAGAAGAAGCAGACGAAGAUGAUGAAACGGCCGACGAUGUUGCAGAGAUUGUUCAUGUAUUGCCAGAAAUUGUUUAAAGGUCUUGGAACGGUUCCUUCUCCUGAUGAUGUGCAAAAUCUUUGUCGCAUUUUAGAUGUUAUGACUCCUGAAGAUGUCGGUUUAAGCAGGGAUCUGCAGUUUUUCAACAGUGCCUUCCUCUCCGAUAGAGGUAUCCCGAGAGUCACGCAUACAUGUAUAUACGAGUGCAAAAAGUUCUCGUUAACUCUAUUAAUUUUUCCCGCUGGUGCUGUCAUUCCUUUGCAUAACCAUCCAGAAAUGACUGUUUUCAGUAAGCUUUUAUUGGGUACUAUGCAUAUCAAAUCAUAUGAUUGGGUUGACACCAACAACUUGGUUGGCAUGAAGCCAUUAUCUCAACUGAGAUUGGCAAGAUUGAAAGCAGAUAGAUCUUUUACAGCACCAUGUGACACAUCUGUAUUGUAUCCAACAUCAGGAGGCAAUAUUCAUGCCUUCACAGCCUUAACACCAUGCUUAGUACUGGAUGUUCUUGGACCUCCAUAUUCCAAGGAUGAUGGACGUGAUUGCUCAUUCUACGUCGAUUUUCCCUGCAAGGAUAUUAUUUCUUCCAACUCCUUCUUACUAAAUGGUACAAAGACAAUGAAAGAAGAAGAAGGUGAUUGUAGGUAUGGAUGGCUACAAGAGAUAGAGCCACCCGAGGAUGCAGAGAUGGAUGGCAUCGAGUAUUUGGGCCCACCAGUCGUCGAUGUUUCUGCAAUGUUGGGUUCUUGCAAUAGCAAUAUGUGAGAUAAGAACAGAUAAUUGGUAUUUUGCUCACCAAACUUUAUUGAUUUUCUCUAUUUCCUUGAAUUCAAUCUCGUCGGUUUUUGCCUUUGAGAACUUGUAUGUUUUGGAUUUUACAACUAACCGAACUUUGCAAACGGGGCGAUUGACUCCAUUUGCAGUGUCGGAGAAAGGUAAAAUCAAAAUAUUUUUUAGGCAAAAAUUCAACGAGAUUUGGUUGGAAAAAAAUCAACAAGUUAGGGUUGUAAAAUAUCAAUUUUCUUGUAACAAUCUGUAAUAUGUGAGAGCUCUUUGUAAUGUUGAAUA